AGGCACGGGGAUAAAAGUGUAGAUGAAAGUCCCACAGUCAAUGAAAUUCUUGUUACCCUUCAAACCGCUGAGCCAGAGUCAAAUGGAACUCGCCCAAGGCUACUAUAGUGACGACAACAGUAGAAAUGGUGAUGUAGACCUUUGUCAUACCCAGGAGAGCAGUCGUUAUUAUGGUGAUAGACACAAGGAUAUGAGUGUAAAUGAAAGUCCCACAGUCAAUGAGAAUCUUGUUCCCCUUCAAACUGCGGAGCCAGAGUCAAAUGGAAACUCGCCCAAGGCCUAUAAUGAAGACAACAGUAGGAGUGGAGAUACGGUGCUAUGUCUUACACAGGAGAGCAGUCGUCAUAAUGGUGAUAGACAAGAGGAUAAGAGUGUAGAUGAAAGUCCCACAGUCAAUGAGAUUCUCGUUUCUGUUCAAACUGCUGAGCCGGAAUCAAGUGGAAACUCGUCCCGGCUUUUAGCAAAGACAACAGUAUGAUUGCUGAUGGGGGUCCAAGUCUUACUGAGGAGAAAAAUUGUCAUAACGAGUCCAGCCAUGGUAGCUCUGUAGAUUCGCACAGACUGCGAUGCUCCUGAAAACAAUGCAUCCACUUGCAUUAUUGAGAAAGACCAGGAGCCCUUUGCCAUGAGAUGGAUAAGGAACUUUUCAGCAGUGAAAGACACAAGAAGGCCUCCAGCCAUGAAAGCUCCAAUAAGCCAGAGUCCAGCUAUGGUACCUCUGGAUUCGCACACAGACUGCAAUGAAACUGAAAGCAAAGCACACACUUCCAUCAUUGAGAAAGACCAGGAGCGCUUGGUAAUGAGAUGGAUAAAGAACUCUUCAGCAGUGAAAGCAUCGAGAAGCCCUCCAGUCCAGAAAGCACCAAAAAGCAAAAGUCCAGCCAUGGUAGCUCUGUAGAUUCGCACACAGACUGCAAUGAUCCUGACAACAAUGCACCCACUUUCAUACUUUAGAAAGUCCAGGAGCCCUUUGGUGAUUGAUAAGGAAAACUCUUCAGCUGUGAAAGCAAUACGAAGUCCUCCAGCUAUGAAAACACCGAUAAAACAAGGUAA